AUGAUUUAAUAUCCUGAUCUUGAUAAACCUGCUAGCAAUUAUAAGUAAGAAUGUAAACUACCAAGUUAUCCUCCCCCUGACGAAAAUGUUUAAGCAAUAUAGAUUGGAUAACCAAUACAAGCAAAUUAUUUAUAGAAUAAUUAAGUGAAUUGGGCUCAAUAAGGCAAUAUUCCACAAUAUAUUCCUGCAAUUCCUAUCACUCAGUACCCAAGUUCAUUAUAAUAAAAGAACUUUGGUAAGGUUAAAAUUUAUUGAUUAGGAGAGCUUGAUAAAGAAAAUCUUCCUCCUUAUUCUUUGAGUGUGAGAUGUCCUGAAUGUGGAGGUAUGAUUUAAACAAAGUUAAAUUAUGUUCCUGGGUGUCUUUCUUUUAGUUUAUGUUUAACGAUGUGUGCUUUUGGAUUAUUUUGUGGGUAUUAUUUGAAUGAUUGUUUUCAUUAUUAGGUGUUGUUUAAUACCUUUCUGUAUGAAUUGUUGUAAACGAUAAGUACACCAAUGUCCAUUGUGUGAAAAAGUGUUAGGAGAAGUUAAAUGAC